CCUUGUGGUGGAAAUUUAGUUUGAUUUGUUGUGCAGCAAAGUUUAAAUAAUCGAGUGAUGGUAAAUAUCAGGAAAACGUAUAUUUCUUUCGCUGUGAACUUAGUAGUGCACCGAAACAAAUGUUGAAAUGAUGAAACUGGUAGUUAAUUAGUGGGUGGUUCAAGAUGACUGGGUUGUCAACACUUUUGGAGAAGAUUAAGAGUGGUAAUCUAGAAGGACUUUUAGAAAAUGUCAAGGCAAUUUUGGCAACUUCCAGUGGCCCUACAGAAAGUCAGCAACUUAUACGUCACUGUUCGCGCUACAUUUAUGAGCAGCCUAACAUACCACAAGCUAAUUUUUCCCAUAUUAUAGAUAUUGUUGGGGUUUGUUGUGAACACCAGCAUGAGAACUCGGUUACAGAUCCAGCAUUUCAUCUGAAGUCAAUGUAUUACUUAAUAAUAAUGGCAGCAAAACGAAAGGAGUUUCAUCAGUAUUUAAAUAUGCUGCUGAGUGAUGUAGAGCCAUAUUUGAAUGCUUGUGAUUCUACAAGUGGAGAUACACAUAGCAUUGUGAAGAAUAUGUAUCUUAGCAUUUGGAAUGCUAGUCUAGUUGCUGAAGUACCAUUACAGGCAUUGACUUUGCAACAGUAUGCAUUGAUUUUUUUACUAGCAACUGGAGCCAGUAUAACUAAAGUCUGUGACCAAGCAAAGCGGAUAUUAUGUAAUUAUGAGCAUGUGAAUAAAUCCUUAGGAAAUGCAGAGAAGUUUUGUGUUGCUGUUAUUAAUUGUGUGACUAGAAAACUGAAGAUGACUUCCAGUUUUAGUGGGAAUAUCAUAUUAGCUAUAAUUCACAUAGUUCUGAUGUAUGCUAAGUCUCUGACUAUUUCUGGAAAAUGUUCUGAGUUCAGUAAAACUACUCGUUUACUUGUUAGUGUAUUGGAAGAAGGCUGUGACCAGAAUACAGUAUUGGCUCUGAAAGUUGGUCUGAAGCUAACUGAAGUGGGGAUGGCCCUUAAAGUUGGAAAAUGCCAAGAGGAAAUGAUGGGAAAAUUCAUUCAAUCAUGUCGCAUGGUCCCUAAUGAAACCCUCCCAAAUAAUGUAAUGCUGCUCAGUCUUCUCUACACUGCAUACAUUUUUGAAGAUCAGAACAAAAAGGAUAUUAUGCAUACUUUGGGCCCCAGUAUUAUGGGCAGUAUUGUGGAUAACAUUUUAGCAAGGUGCAAUUCUUCAUUACCUGAAGAUAAUGCUCAAAGGGUGACUGGUGUUUUGUGUCAGCAGCUUGUAAUGUAUGCUGAUAUGAUGAAAACUACUCAGAAUCAAAAUGAGAUAUUAAAACAGGCCCUUCCAUGGACUUUGAAGACAAGCUCAUUCAUAAGUUCCCAUUUCAAAGAAAAUUCUAAUGCUGUCUUUCAUAUUUAUAGUGUUGGAGCAAACAGUGGCAAUCUUGGAGUUUUAGCAUUUAAGGGAGGUAGUUAUGACCUAGCGGCCCAGUUUUUGGAAGCUUGUGUUGAAAUGUUGUUGAUCUACAGUUCUUCAUUAACUGGAGAUCAGAAGGCUAGUGUAAAUCUUACAAUCUGCAAGAAGCUUGUGUUGUGGAGUGAUGCUGUUAGAUACAGCGGCAACUACUGGGAAUCAGCUGUAGUAGCGUGUCAUGGGAUGCUCAUGGGACACAUUAGUGUUGAAGAAACUGCAGCUAUGUGGGUUAAAUGCAAGCGGGAUGCAGAAAAGGCAGACAAUACUAAAUUAAGGGGUUUGACCAUAUGUGAUGUUUUGCGUGGUGCUACAGACAAAUUCAAAUCAUCUGUUAACACUGGAUUUAACAGUUUCACAGCUCUUCAGUGUGAAAUUGAUAACUACAGAAAACAAAGCCAUGAUACAGUUGAGGAUCAGCUAUCCUGUGGACGAGCAGUGGUUGAUUGUGCAGAAAAUGUGGAGGGCAAAAUUUAUGGUUAUCUUGUGAUUGCUGAAGCUCUCUGGCUUCAACCCAGUUUAGCAGCCCAAAGAGAUGAAGCUUUACAGACUACUAAAAAGGCAAUUUCCCUGGUUGCAGAGAAUAAAGGGAAUGAGAAAGAGAAAUGUACUAAUAGACUUAUGGAACUGGAGGCAUUAUCUUACUUCUGGCUGUAUCUGUGUCAUCUCCAGCAAAUUCAAGACGUUACUGUGGCUGAAGUCCAAAAAGCAGAUAAGCCUGUCUCUCUGAGUGUUCAGGCUACAGAUUUGGGAGAAGAAGUUCAGGUGGAUGAUGUAUGUGAUGUACGACCAUCCUCAACAUAUCUCACUUUGCAUGCUCAGGAGACAUCGCUUGCAUCCCUUGGCGUUGCACUCACCAUAUGGGAGAAACUUGAUUCUAAAGGUGUGACUUUGGAAGAUGCAUCUGCUUGUUUUGAAGCCCUGGCAUCUACCGCAUAUGUGUACCAGUUGUCAGGCUUUGUGAUCCCUACAGUUCGUUCCUGGAAAGUGCUGAUAUCCAUGGCUAGUAGACACUCCAAUAAAAUGUAUUUUAUUAAAGGUGUAACUGAACUGUUGCUCAUAGUUCCAGAAUUUUUAUCAUUUGAAAUUGUAAAAGAGGCUGAGACACAGAUUGCCCAGUGCCAAGAAAGUGAAACCCAAGAUAGUUCUUUAAUGUACUUGUCUCAGUGUUUUAGAACAGCUAUUGCAUACUAUCAUCUAAAAAAUGGACAGUAUAAAGAAGGAGGCAGUUACUUGAAGCAGGCCUUGAAUGAUGAGUUGAUGAAGAAGAGAACAAUCAGGGCCACUGAAACUCAAGCAUUAGUCAACUAUGUUGCUUCUCUUUAUGCUUGGCUACCUCCAUGGGUCUUGGGUGCUGAUUAUAAGCUUCCCCAGCCAUGUAUUUCUUUAGCCAUGUUAGCCAGCAGACAAGCUUUAGCAGUUCUAAAGACACCUGUACCAGCAGCAAAUGAUGUUAUAUGCUGGCGUCAUCGUAUAGCAUGGUUACACAUAAUGACAACUUUAUGGUUGGGAAAUCUUUGUUGGGCAUCUGCUCAGCCUCGCCUUGCUAGAGCGUACUUGAAGCAGUGUCUUAAUGUUACUCAAGAAUUAGCUUUACCAUUGAGGACAGGGGAGUUGUUGGAACUGCUAGCUCGUGUAGACUUACUCUGUGAUCAACUGGAUGAUUGUCUUGUGAAAGUAGACAGUCUUUUAACACUCCUUGUGGUGCAUCCAUCCAAUCCUCAAGCUUUCACUGCCAUGUCCAAAUAUUCUGAGAUAUUCCUAAGUGAAGUACCCAAAACUUGUAAAGAUACGCCAGACCAUCCAGCUUUUCAGAUUUUUUCAGCUGCUGAUAAUUUUGAUGAAGAAAGCAUUCGAGGUUGUAGUAAUCACGACUAUGACUUGAAGCCAGUUAGUUUUGAUCGGUUGAUAGUUGUGGGUCCUGCUGAACGUGUCAGUAGUUUAGCAGUACCACAAGCACCCCUGUCUCCUUCACUAAAGUAUAGAAAGGAAACCUCACUUGUUCAGUUUGAAUCUUGUCCACACGAGGAAACUGGUUGCCAGGUGUGUUCCACUCCUGCAAUUCACCAUUUGCGAAUGUCAGCAGCAGUGCUAUUUGCAUAUGUACUUGCCCAUAAAGGGGACUUUUGGCCUGCUAAGAGAAAUCUCAGUAAGUUCAAAGAAAUGUAUGAUGCUGUAAGUCAACAGGCUCCAACCAUUUGUAAUCAUAUUAUGUCCUCAGUGAAUAAUGGAUGGAGAAAGAAGAACAUGUCAUCUUUGAAAUAUUUUGAAGCUAAAUUGAACCUUGUACACCUUCAAAGCCUUCAUUGUCAGGCGCAGUUGCAUGUUUUAGAUGAUGAUCUACAGGAAGCAGCCAGUACUAAUUUGCAGGCACUUGAGUAUAUUCAUUCUCUAGAUUGUCAGUUGUUAUUCCAAGAUUUGCAGUUUGUUACCAUUAUUAUUCUGCAAAGAUAUGCACUGCAGAGGGCUCUAGAUCAGAAGAAAAAUGAAUCUUCUAACACAGAAUUGCAAAAAUGAAGAGUUAGGUGAGUGUCACAGUGAUGUAGAACUUAUUUAUACAACUUUUAAGACGCCUGCUCGACCUCUUGGAAAAAGGCUUAAUUGGAAGUCUAGUACCCAGACUUCUCAUAGACUUCCAAGGAAGUCAACUAAACUGGGAAAGAAAGUUGGUGAUCUUUCUUCAUCUUCAGAUGAGGAAGAGGAUUAUGGAGGCAAGGACGUUUUAAAAGUUCCUGGUACACAUACUAAACAGUAUACCAAGAGCUCAGGUAGGCAAAUGUCUGGUUCUUCAAGAUGCCAGAAAUUAACCAGCACACACAUGAAAAAGCAGAACCUUAAUGUAGCUGAAAUUGAAGACCAGAUGGGUACUCUGAGUUUAGAUACUAGCUCAAGUGGGAAUGUCCAGGAAGUUUUAAAUCCAGUGUCAUCACCUGACUAUUUGGCUUUAAAAUCUUCUUCCAAAGGUGUUGGGAAUUCAUAUGCUAGCAAUUCCAAAGAAGCUAAAAGCAUAGGUAGAGAAAAUAAGCAUCUUUCAAAAGCAAAUACUGAAAUCAAGAAAAAAGUUGCAAAGAACACAUUGGUACCAGCCACACCCACCAUUCUCAUUUUCAGUGACAAGGAUAGUCCUAACAGUGCUGAUGAUGUUGAAGCUUUAGAAAAGGAGGAAUUGAAGCCUACUAGGGGAAGACCGAGAAAAAUAAAUGCAGAGAAACCGUCCAAAGUAGAUAGUAAUAAGAGAGCUACUUCAUUGUCAAAAAGCAAAACAGUAGAAACAAGCACGAGAAUAAAAACAAGGAGCAGUAGAACCAUAAGAUAAAAUCAUUGUAUUUAUUGAAAGUAGAGUGGUAUAGUGAAAAGCUUGCAAGUUAACACCAGUGUUUGAAGUAUUGAGUGUAUGAGUGUAAUACAGUUAUUUUUUCAUGAUUUUGUGAGUUUUUAAUAAGUACAAGUUUUUCCAGUUGUUGGUAGUGUGCAUGGAAACAUUUAGACAUUCAUAGUAGUAUUUUCAACAAAGAAUGUAAGUUUAGUUCUUUCAUUCAGGACUUAUAAAUUGAAAAUAAUUUUUUGUCCUCACAAUUUUCCUCCUUUAUAUCUUUUGUUGUGGAUACCAGAUUUAUAUUUGCAUUUGUUUGUUGUUAUUGUAUAAGAAUGAUAAAGGAUUUUGUCACCUUUAUCAUUUUAGUAUACCAGUAGUAUUUUCAAAACCAAAUGAUUUUACUGGCGACUUUUAUUUUUGAGCUGAAUUGUCAGUUUCAUCAUUGGUCUCUAGAUUGCAUUUAUUCUAAUUUGAUAACAGUCAGUAUUUUACUUUUUUAGUUACUGAUAAGCAAGUUGAGAGGUAAGUGAGAGAUAGGUUUUUUAUAUAUCAAUUCUUAUGAUGUGAACAGACCAUGCAAAUGUUGGAGUUCAUUAUUUUUGCAUAAUUUGGAAAUAUGUACUUUAAUUUCUAACAUUUCAUGCAUAUGUCUAGAGUAUCUUUAUUAUUGCCUACACCAAAGUAAUCUUUAUUAUUGCCUACACCAAAGUAAAGUUGUCUUACCCUCAGAAAAUCAGUGGGUCAUAAAAUAGACUAUGCCACUUUUUUAAGGCAACAGAUCCUAGUGCUGUAAAGGUAAUACUUGAGGUGGAAAGCAUGAAAUUGUUAGAACAUGCCAGAUAUUUGUACCCUUUGGCUUUCAACUUUGUAUUAGCUUACAGGUUGAGAUAUGAAGCCAUUUUUGUUGAUUCAUAUUAGAUAUAAUUUGUGACAAGCAAAGAGAUUUUUGUUAGGAUUUUUUUAUACUUUGAGGAGGAAGUUAUAAACUGUACAAGAUACAUUGUAUAAAUCAUUAUCUUUCAGGCUAACCAUAUUAUUUAGGCUUGAUAACUUCUUCUGUUUUGUCUUAGUUCACUUACACUGUCACUUCACUCCCAUAGGUAAGAAUUACUCAGCUAGUUAAUAAUUAUUUAUAGCAUACCUUCAUAUAUCUGUUCUUUCAUAUAUUACUGAUAGUUCAAGCACCAACUGUUUUUUUGUAUUAUAAUUUUGAUGUAAGUUUUAACUGGUAGCAAACAUUAGUAAAUGGUUUGUUAACAGUAAUUUUUUUUAAUGGAAUUUUUUAAUAAUUCUAUUGUUUAUGUUUAGCACUCCUUUGAUGGUAACACUCAAGCAGCCAUGUAUUAAUUUUCUUUGUUAUCCAUUAUAUACGUAUUAUAAAUAUUGUAACAAGGUACCCACAUGUUUUUAUGAGUUUUUGCCACAUUUAUUACAUGAUAUGCUUAUCUUUUUAAUAAAUAGAUUUUGUCCUGUG